AAUCAACAACUCCUUGUUUUUAAAUAUCUUUGAAAUCACACAACCAAAAGAGAAUCAUGUCUUCUGAUCAUCAACAGACUCGUCAUCGGGUGGGUCAACACGUAGACGAUGGUGAUGAUGAUGAAUUAAUGAGUACAGAUAAUGGGCUAUCCAAUAAUCAUCAGCAUCAUCAUCAUCUUCAGGAAGGAGAUCAUCAUAAUAUAAUUAUUAAACAUAAUCAUCACGAACAUGGCUCUGAUGAUGAUUUGGAGUUGAAAAAUCAACAGAGAAAUCGCUCCGAAGAGGAUUUGGGUUUGAAUUACUCGCAAUCAAUGAAUACCUUUGAUGAAAAUUCGAAUAUGAUCAAUGAUGAAGAAGAAUCAAACGAACAAGAUUCGAGUGAAAAAAGGAAGGAAUCAUCAACGAUACCAACCACACCAGCACCUACCAAUAAUCAUCAAAGGCAACAGUGGGGAUCUCGUCUUUCCUUCAUCUUGGCUACAAUUGGAGCUGCUAUUGGCUUUGGAAGUUUUGUUAGAUUUCCAUAUCUUGCUUACAAGCAAGGAGGAGGUGCUUUCCUAAUUCCAUAUACUGUUUGUUUAAUUGUUUUGGGUAUUCCACUGUUAAUUCUCGAGUUGAGUAUGGGACAAUUAUUGAGGAAGAGUAGUAUCAAAGCUCUCGGAUUGUUGAACAAUCGUAUGAGAGGUUUGGGAGUUGCUGCUGUUCUAUUUGGAGGAUUUGGAAUUUGUACUUAUUAUAGUGUUUUGAUUUCUUGGAUUUUUGUCUAUUUCUAUCACAUGUUUGCAUGGGAACUUCCUUGGAAAGGAAAAACUGAAGAAUAUUUCUAUGAUGUGAUUUUGAGACGUAGUUCUGGUGAUACAGUUGUGAGUGAAUUGAAUAUUGCCAUUACUGUUUCAUUGUUUUUAGUGUGGGUUUCAGUUUACUGUGGUGUUUGGAAGGGAACUAGCUCAACAGGAAUAAUCACGUAUAUUACUGUUCCACUCCCAAUAUUAUUGCUAUUAAUCUUGUUGAUUACUAGUUUCUUUUUGGAGGGAAGUUGGACAGGAAUGUACUAUUUCAUCAAGCCAGAUUUUACAAAGAUUUUGAAUGUGGAAAUUUGGUUAACUGCAGCUGGUCAGGUAUUCUUUUCAUUGAGUUUGGCCAGUGGUACCAUGAUUGCUCUGUCAUCCUACAAUGAUCCAAAGCAAAAUAUUGUCAAAGAUGCUUGGAUUAUUGGUUUGUCCACUUACAUUUUCAGUAUUUUUGCUGGAUUUUGCAUGUUUGCUAUUUUGGGAUAUAUGGCCCAUUCUAAGGGUGUUGAAAUUGAUCAUAUUGUUCAAGGAGGUUUGGCAUUGGCCUUUGUUGUCAUUCCUGAAGCUAUUACCUUAAUGCCAGCUUCACAUGUUUUUUGCAUCUUGUUCCUUGUUGCCAUGUAUACUCUUGCUAUUGACAGCUGUUUUGGUAUGAUUGAAGGUGUUAAUGCAGUAAUUCAUGAUGCUUUUCCAAAUCUCAAAUUGCAUUGGAUUUCUUUAGUGACUUGUUUUUUGGGAUUCAUUUUUGGUAUUCCAUAUUGUUUAGACAAUGGAUACUAUUUGAUGGAUAUUGUGGACCAUUACUUGAGUGAUUUCUGUUUGGUAUUGUCAGCUAUUGGACAAUGUAUUGUUGUAGGAUAUUUGAUUUCAGACGAAUCAGUAAUUGCCAGAGUUAGGAAACAAUGGAGAGAAUACUCUUCUUCAUCUUAUGCCAAUGUUGAAGAAGGUAAUGCUACACCAAUUGAUUCAUCAGAGCAGCCAGCCACCAGACCUACUCCUCAAUGGAAACUCAGAGUGAAAAAGUAUCUUUCUCUCACUGAUACCAUUCUUUUCCAUAGUAUUGAUGAAUUCAGACUUCGUAUCAAGAAGGUCUGUAAUUUUGGACCUCACAAAGAGUGGAGCAUUUUCAUCAAGUAUAUUGGACCAAUUAUUUUAUUAAUCUUGUUGAUUAUUCAGUUGGUUAAGGAAAUCACCUCACCUUACUCUACAAAAGGUUCAGAUUCAAAGGAAUUCGACUGGCUCUCUCUCACAAUUGGAUUAUGUAUCAUAUUUGGAUAUUUGGGUACUUUUACUAUCUUUGCCAUCUUCCCUCGAUUGGCCACUCAAAAAUCUGAAGAUCCUGGAAAUUCGUGGAGAGCUGUUUUGGACAAAUAUGAAAAGGAAGAUUCUGAAAAAGAAGAAGAAUCCAAAACUAAUAAUCUGGAGGAAGAAUUACAAAAUGUCGUUCCAUCCACUCCUCAAGAAUAAUUGUAAUAUAUUUGCAUAACUUUUAUUUUUGAUUCAUUAACAUUGUGAUUACAUUAAAUUCAAUUAUAAUUAUAAUCUU